CCCGGGGCCUCUUGCCGUGUCACCGCCGUGUCCUCCUCCCGUCCCGUGUCACCCCCGUGUCCCUCCCGGCUCCGGGCAGGACGGGGCUCACGGAUCCCCGGUGUCAGCAGUCCCUGGAAGCAGCAGCUCCUGCUCAGAAUUCCUUGCCCGGAUAAACCUUGAUAACGCUGCUGGCAGCCGGAGCCUGCCCUGCCUCAAGCUGACGGGCCGCAGCCGUGCGCUUUGGCAUUGCUCGAGGAAAUGCUUCUCCAGCUUCAGGAGUGUUCGGACAAAGCUCUCAGGCACGUGGUGGGAUUGUUGAGGGUGUCCUGUGUAGGGCCAUCGGUUGGGCUCGAUGACCUUGUGUGUCUCACUGAGGACAUUCUGUGAUUCUCUGCUUGACCCAAAUGCAGAGUACCAUGAGAAGAAUCCCGCUCUUGUAUCAGAUGAGAGUUUUGGCUUCCUUUGGGCCUAACUUUCACCCAGCGUCAUAAAAUUUCACAAGAAUGACACUUGUGCAGCUAUUUUUACUGGCCUUUUAAAGCCAAUUCUCAUUUCUGUUAGUAGGAAUUAGUCCUGACACUUCCUGGUCAGUGUGACCUUGCUUCCCAGUGAAGUGCUGAUUUUGUUCCGCUGUCAAAUUAAUUACAAAUAGGAGAUAGUUCAUAGGGAUUAAUUAGGGCAUGGAUAUAGUGUAUGGAUUCUGGAGCAACAGUUGGUACCACCAGGUUCUGAUUUUUCAUUGGGUGUUUGUUUGGUAUUUGGAAAUGAAAGGGAGAACAAAACCAUUCUAUCUGACAGACCGUUGAUUGUUGUUAUUAUUUCCAUAUCUCCUGCCUGCUCUAAGUCAAGGAUAAUUGGUUAAGAAAAACCCCAAACUGUCCCUUCCUGUUAGAAAUCUGUGUUUCGGGGAUGUUCAAUGAACCAGCUGUCAGUGCAGUUACCAAACAUUCCUUUCUUCAGGUCAUUUAAGGCAGAAAGUUGUUGUUUUCUGUCAAGACUCGUGUUUAGGAAAACGCAAGGUGCCCUUCUCUGUAUUAUUGGUACUUUCCAAGUCUGUUCCAAAGUUGUGCUUGUGCUUUCCUGAGGGAACAGGUCAGCUCGGCGCUGGGAAGCAGGAUAGGUAAGGAGUUUUAAAAGGGAAUUUGAGCCUUACUCGGAGGGAAAGUCCUGGAUUUGCAGCAGUGCUUGCAUUAACUCCGGCACUUCCGCAGCUCUGGGGAGCAGCGGGGACGGAGCUCUGUGGUCACUGGUGGCUCUGCAGGGCUCAGUGGGGGUGGGCUGAGCUGUCCCACAUUUUGGUGUCUGGCGAAUGCCAGAGCUCCAGCGAGGGGCUGGUCCUCAGUGACCCCGAGCUGCAGCACUUGCGGUGCUGGGCUCUCCCCGUGGCAGCCGGCGCUGGCCGGAGCUCUCACCAUGUCUGCGGGCACCGAGGCGGCCAGGCAUCUUCCCCAUCCCUCAGCUGGUUUUGAGCCUCCUGUGUCCACUCUCUGAUGUUGGAACAAGUGCUGAAGGAUGCGGCCGCAGGCGCCCGGGGCUGUCUCGCUAACAAGGAGCAGAUUCCUCAAAAGCCUGCGGAGGAGACGUAGAAUCUUCAAGCAAACUCUGGCAGCUGGAUCCCGAUAGCAGAUAAACUCAUUUGACCACCAUGAGUUGGAGUUUUCUGACCCGCCUGUUAGAGGAGAUCCAGAACCACUCAACCUUUGUUGGCAAAAUCUGGCUGACAGUGUUGAUUGUGUUUCGGAUUGUCCUAAUUGCUGUGGGAGGAGAAUCCAUUUAUUACGAUGAACAGAGCAAGUUUGUGUGCAACACGGAGCAGCCUGGCUGCGAGAACGUCUGCUACGACUCCUUCGCCCCUCUCUCGCACGUCAGGUUCUGGGUGUUCCAGAUCAUUCUCGUGGCCACUCCCUCGGUGCUGUACUUAGGCUACGCCAUCCAUAAAAUCGCCCGGAUGGUGGAGCACAGCGAAGCCAGCAGGAGAGCCAGGAGGAGGAGCUUGCCCAUCCGCUGGAAACAGCACCGGGGCUUGGAGGAAGCUGAGGGUGACCAUGAGGAAGACCCGAUGAUGUACCCGGAGAUAGAGGUGGAGAGCGUCCGGGAGAGUAAAGAGAAGCAGAGCCCCGCCAAAGCCAAGCACGACGGCCGGCGGCAGAUCCGGGAGGACGGGCUCAUGAGGAUUUAUGUCCUGCAGCUCCUGGCCAGGGCCCUGUUUGAGGUUGGCUUCCUGGUGGGGCAGUAUUUCCUGUACGGCUUCCAGGUGAGCCCCGUGUUUGUGUGCAGCAGGAAGCCCUGCCCGCACAACGUCGAUUGUUUCAUUUCCAGGCCAACCGAAAAAACCAUUUUCCUGCUCAUAAUGUACGGGGUGAGCUGCAUGUGUCUGCUCCUCAAUGUCUGGGAGAUGCUGCACUUGGGGUUUGGCACCAUCCGGGACACGCUGAAUGCCAAGAAGAAGGAGCUGGUUGACUCUGGGACCUUUAACUACCCCUUCACCUGGAACACGCCGUCGGCUCCCCCGGGCUACAACAUCGCGCUGAAGCCGGAGCAGAUGCAGUGCACGGAGCUGUCCAACGCCAAGGUGGCCUACAAGCAGAACAAAGCCAACAUAGCUCAGGAACAGCAGUAUGGCAGCAACGAAGGGAACAUUCCUGCCGACCUGGAGAUCCUGCAGAGGGAAAUCAAAGUGGCUCAGGACCGCCUGGACCUUGCUAUCCAGGCUUACAACAACCAAAACAACCCCAGCAGUUCCAGAGGGAAGAAAUCCAAAGCAGGCUCAAACAAAAGCAGUGCCAGUAGCAAGUCAGGAGAUGGGAAGAACUCGGUCUGGAUUUAACGUUGGCUCGGUUGAUACGUUGUAGUUUUUUCUCCUAGUUUAUCAUAACCAGCAGUCCCAUGAAUAAUGGCUUCCACUAAGGGAAUAUUUGACUCUGCUGAUUUUCAGGGAUACCGUUGGCUCGUGAUUCAGCCCCUGGAAAGGGUUUAUACACUGACUCUAGGACUUUAGAACUUUAUUCUUUUGUCUUCCAAGUCAGGAGACAAAUAGGUAUAUUUAAUUCAUUCUCAUUGAACGGUUUAUGCUGUAUGUACAGUACUAUAGUACAUUUAUUAUGCACAAUUUUUUUUGUAUUUGUACACUGGAUCUGAUGUUACACUUUUUAUAUCAACAAGGACAAAGCAAUGGGUAGCCAUUAGCAUUUUGUUAAUUUUAUUAUUGUUGUCUGCAGUUACGUCAUUGUUCUUCCUUGUUUUCCAAGUAAAACUUUUUAUAAAACUUUUC